GAUUCCGGAUUCUAAAACAAAAUUGCGCAAAAUCGGCCGGAAAUGUGAAGAGAAAGUGAAACUAUUCGUCGUUAAAUGUCCCCUGAUAAGGUUUCGCGAUGAAGCUAAAAACGCUGCUGUUCCGGCUGUUUCUCAGCGUGCUGUCGUUGAUAGUGUUCAAUGAGUUCGUGCUGUACUACGUGGUACUCUUGAAGUGCCAAUGGCCCACCAAACCCGUGCCGGUGAAUGGACUGGAACCGGUGAAUGUGAUGCUGCUGGCCGACACACACCUGCUCGGGCCUAUCCGUGGCCACUGGUUCGAUAAACUGCGCCGCGAGUGGCAGAUGCACCGUACAUUCCAGACCGCUAUAACGCUCUUUCAGCCCGAGGUCAUCUUCAUUCUGGGCGAUGUAUUCGACGAAGGGAACUGGGUGAAUCAGAAAGAGUUCGAACACUACAUGGAACGCUAUCGGAAGCUGUUCCACACACCGCGCGAUAUCGCACUGCACAGCAUCGUAGGAAACCACGAUAUCGGCUUCCACUACGCCACUCGGCCCAAUCUGGUGCAACGAUUUGCCGAUCAGUUCAACAACACCGGUGUAUCAUUGACCAGUAUACGAGGCGUUAACUUUGUCGCGAUCAAUUCCAUCGCCAUGGAAGGCGAUGGAUGCUAUCUGUGCGAAAAAGCAGAAAAAGAGCUGAAGACGAUCGAGACCAUCUUCAAGUGUGGCCGUGGCAUUGGCCAAUGCAAGGAUGUGCCGAAGCUGGAGGAGUACAGUCGGCCCGUGCUGUUGCAACACUUUCCCAUGUACCGGGAGUCGGACAAGGAAUGCCAGGAGCACGAUGCACCGACCGUUCCGCUGUACCGUGAGCGGUGGGAAGUACUGUCGAAGGAAUCGACCGAUUUGAUCGGUGAUGUGCUCAACCCGCGAUUGGCAUUCAGUGGCCAUUCGCAUCACUACUGCCACAUGGUACAAAAUCGGCUAAAAAUUGAAGAAUACACUCUGCCCUCCUUUAGCUGGCGUAACAAAAAUGACCCCAGCUUCAUUCUGGCACGCAUAUCACUCAAGGAGCACACCAUCGCCCGGUGUCGAAUGCCGGAGGAAAAUACCGUUGUCACCGUUUACCUCGUCGGUGGCAUUCUCAUACUGUUCGUGUUCACGCUCAAGUUGAGCGGUUUUGUGGGCCAGCUUUGGUCCUAUCGAAGGGGCGAUCGUCGCGACUACAAGAAACUUACCAAAUAAUCCCUGGACACCAUCGGCUGAACGGAACAUCGAGUCGCAUAGUUUUAACUUUAAAAUCAGAUGUGCACAAUAAAUCAAUAGAAUAGAA